ACCUUUUCCGGUCUUUUUUUCCCCUUACAAGUUUCCAAAUAAACCACGUCCCAGGCAGGCACAGACAGGGUCUGUGAUUUUCGCCAGAGGUGACUCGUCUAAGUAAAAAACGAUGCUGAAGUGUGUGAUAUUAUCCCUUUGCGUGGGCUUUGUGUUGGGCAGCUCAGUUCACAGAGGGGGACAUCUGGACAUCACCGAGACCCUGCAGGAGCAUGUGGCACACGGACAAACCACUUUAAACGAGAUGUUCAGGGAGGUGGAAAAACUGAUGGAGGACACGCAGCAGAAACUAGAGGAGGCUGUCCACCAGAUGGAGAACGAGUCCUCAAAAUCGCUGUUACAUGGACGUAACUUUCCUGCCAAUUUUCACAAUGAAACUACAACAGAGAUCAAGGUGGGGAAUCGGACCGUGCAUCUGAUAGAGAGAAUUGACAAGGAAACAGAUAAUAAGACUGGAAAGACUCAUUUUUCCAGAACUCUCAUUCAGGACACUGAACGGUGGAAUGAAGUAGAUCAUGAGUGCAUGAUUGACGAGGACUGUGGGGACAACAGCUUCUGCCUCUAUGAGAUCAUCACCUCCAAAUGCAUCCCGUGCCAGACGACUAAUAUGGAGUGCACCAAGGACGUGGAGUGUUGUGGACAUCAGCUGUGUGUGUGGGGUGUUUGUGCGCAGAACAGAACCAAAGGACAGUCUGGAACAAUCUGCCAGUACCAGAGCGACUGCAGUCCUCAACACUGCUGUGCCUUUCACAAAGCCCUGCUCUUCCCAGUGUGCCGCCCCAAGCCACAGGAAGGCCAAGGCUGCCCCAGUCACCCUAACCAGCUGAUGGAGUUAUUACUGUGGGACGAGGAGGGUCCGCGGGAGCACUGCCCCUGUGCUGCAGGCCUGCACUGCCAGCCUCUCGAGAAAAGAUCAGUGUGUGUAGAUGAGAGGAAAUCUUCUGGUGAAAGAAAUGUGGACUGAUCGCUCCCACAGAAACUGAAACUUUGUAGCAUC